CACCGCGAGCCGGAUGCAAGAGUGUUGGCGACGCAGUCGGUCACGAGCUUAUUUGAACACUUUCUCUCUCACUGACUAAAAUAUUAGCCACUUAGCUGUCUUGCUAAAUAGUAGCUGGAGACAACAUAGAAAAUAUUUCUGUUUUAUCAGAAAAUAGCAUAUUUUAAUAGUUUAGUUUAUUAAAACGGGACUAUUUUAUUCGCUGUGUGGAAUUUUGGUGAUGUAUUACAACAUUAUAGACAGCUAGCUAGCCUAGCUAGCUAUCAGCAUAAUAGUAGGUAACCGUAUGAUACUAGGUUAGCUAACAGCUAAUAUAUGACUCACUAAUCGUGCAUCGUGAUCAUUGCUAUAUUGCUGCUAGGAACGCAUGAAUUAGUUAACGUUAUCUAGUUAACGUUACCCGUGUCGCCUUCGCUAGCUAGCCAGAUAUAUUUUGUCCUGUCUUGGUGCAUUUACGGUCAGUUAGGCAGUGCACUGGUUAAACGUGACGUAGCUAUCGAUACUAUUGAAUGAUCAGCGGAAACCCCGGCUACAUUCUGCUAGCAUAGAUAGCUUCCUAGCUAACUAAGUCAGCUAGCUAACUAUUUUGUCGGCACUGCCGAAACUUCGUUUGCCAGUGCUAAUUAGACAUAUAGCUAACUACCUUGCUGGGUUUGGCGUUAGCUAAAUAGUGUUACUGUCAACCGCCAGAAUCAAUACAGCUUUGAAGUUAGCAAAAUAGUUGCGUUAGACUAGCUGUCUAAAUAAUAUUUCGUGGCGAGCUAACACAUUAUAUAGGAAUACAACUAUAGGUAAUUGGUAAGAUUACUAGCUAGUUAACAUCAUUUGUGUGUGACUGGAGUGGAGACAAACGGACGAAAAUGCCGGCUGUGUCGAAAGGAGACGGAAUGCGGGGAUUAGCGGUGUUCAUUUCGGACAUACGGAAUUGUAAGAGCAAAGAGGCGGAGAUCAAACGCAUCAAUAAGGAGCUGGCCAACAUCCGCUCCAAGUUCAAAGGGGACAAGGCGCUGGACGGUUACAGCAAGAAGAAGUAUGUCUGCAAGCUGCUCUUCAUCUUCCUGCUGGGCCACGACAUCGACUUCGGCCACAUGGAGGCCGUCAACCUGCUCAGCUCCAACAAGUACACGGAGAAGCAGAUUGGAUACCUGUUCAUCUCUGUGCUAGUCAACAGCAACAGCGAGCUGAUCCGCUUGAUAAACAACGCCAUCAAGAACGACCUGGCCAGCCGGAACCCCACCUUCAUGUGCCUGGCACUCCACUGCAUCGCCAACGUGGGCAGCAGGGAGAUGGCGGAGGCCUUCGCCGGGGAGAUCCCCCGCAUCCUGGUGGCGGGGGACACGAUGGACAGCGUGAAGCAGUCUGCCGCCCUGUGUCUGCUGCGGUUGUACAAGACCUCCCCUGACCUGGUGCUGAUGGGCGAGUGGACCUCCAGAGUGGUGCACCUUCUCAAUGACCAGCAUAUGGGGGUGGUUACCGCGGCAAUCUCCCUCAUCACCUGCCUGAGCCAGAAGAAUCCCGACGAGUUCAAGACCUGCGUGUCGCUGGCCGUGUCGCGGCUGAGCAGGAUUGUGUCCUCGGCCUCCACGGACCUCCAGGACUACACCUACUACUUUGUCCCCGCCCCCUGGCUGUCCUGCAAGCUGCUGAGGUUGCUGCAGUGCUACCCCCCGCCAGAAGAUGGCGCCGUGAAGGGCAGACUGGUGGAGUGCCUAGAGACCAUCCUCAACAAGGCCCAGGAGCCGCCCAAGUCCAAGAAGGUCCAGCACUCCAACGCCAAGAACGCCAUUCUGUUUGAGGCCAUCUCCCUCAUCAUACACUACGACAGUGAACCCAACCUGCUGGUGCGGGCCUGUAACCAGCUGGGCCAGUUCCUGCAGCACCGCGAGACUAACCUGCGCUACCUGGCCCUGGAGAGCAUGUGCACGCUGGCCAGCUCCGAGUUCUCCCACGAGGCCGUCAAAACACACAUCGAGACCGUCAUCAACGCGCUCAAGACGGAGCGGGACGUGAGCGUGCGCCAGCGCGCGGCCGACCUGCUGUACGCCAUGUGCGACCGCAGCAACUCCAAGCAGAUCGUGGCCGAGAUGCUCAGCUACCUGGAGACGGCCGACUACUCCAUCCGGGAGGAGAUGGUGCUGAAGGUGGCCGUCCUGGCGGAGAAGUACGCGGUGGACUACUCCUGGUACGUGGACACCAUCCUCAACCUGAUCCGCAUCGCCGGGGACUACGUGAGCGAGGAGGUCUGGUACCGGGUCAUCCAGAUCGUCAUCAACCGGGACGACGUGCAGGGCUACGCCGCCAAGACCGUGUUCGAGGCCCUCCAGGCCCCAGCCUGCCAUGAGAACAUGGUCAAAGUGGGCGGGUACAUCCUGGGCGAGUUUGGCAACCUCAUCGCGGGCGACCCGCGCUCCAGUCCCCUGGUGCAGUUUAACCUGCUGCACUCCAAGUUCCACCUGUGCUCGGUGCCCACCCGGGCCCUCCUGCUCUCCGCCUACAUCAAGUUCAUCAACCUGUUCCCCGAGACCAAGCCCACCAUCCAGGAGGUGCUGCGCUCGGACAGCCAGAUCCGCAACUCGGACGUGGAGCUGCAGCAGAGGGCCGUGGAGUACCUCAAGCUGUCCUCCAUCGCCAGCACCGACGUCCUGGCCACGGUCCUGGAGGAGAUGCCGCCCUUCCCGGAGAGGGAGUCGUCCAUCCUGGCCAAGCUGAAGAAGAAGAAGGGCCCCGGGGCCGUGUCCGUGUCCGAGCUGGAGGACGGGAAGAGGGAGGGGGGCGGGGCCGGCGCCGCCGGCGAGCUCAACGGGGGAGCCGACCGCGUGGGCGACGCCUCCACCGCCGCCCUGUCCAACGCCUCCACUCCGUCCCCCUCAGCAGACCUGCUGGGCCUGCGUCCCGCCGCUGCCAUUGGCUCGGCGGCUCCCGGCGCCGGCAGCCUAUUGGUCGAUGUGUUUUCAGAGGCGGGACCGGCGGCUGCCUCCUCUGGGGUGAACGACGAAGGCUUCCUCAGAGAUCUGGAACCUCCCACUGAGAGCCCUGACUCCCUAUUGGUCGAGGCUCCCGGUGAAUCGGACUCUGAAGAUUCUGCCCCGCCUCUGCCUGAGUCAAACGAGCUUCUCAGCAAGUUCGUGUGCAAGAACAACGGGGUCCUGUUCGAGAACCAGCUGCUGCAGAUCGGGAUCAAGUCCGAGUAUCGGCAGAACCUGGGGAGGAUGUAUCUUUUCUACGGCAAUAAGACGUCGGUGCAGUUUGCCAGUUUCUGUACGGUGGUCAGCUGCCCGGGGGAGCUGCAGGCUCAGCUCAAUAUGCAGACCAAGCCAGUGGAGCCCCUAGUGGAGGGAGGAGCGCAGGUGCAGCAGGUCAUCAACAUCGAGUGUCUAACUGACUUCAGUGAGGCCCCACUGCUCAACAUCAAGUUCAGAUAUGGCGGAGCGCUGCAGAACAUAACACUCAAACUUCCGGUCACCAUCAACAAGUUCUUUCAGCCCACUGAGAUGCCUUCUCAAGACUUCUUUCAGCGCUGGAAACAACUGAGCCUCCCUCAGCAGGAAGCACAGAAGAUCUUCAAGGCCGUCAACGGCAUGGACACAGAGCUGCUUAAAGCCAAGUUGCUGGGGUUGGGCUGUGCCCUGCUGGAGAAUGUGGACCCGAACCCGGAGAACUUUGUGUGCGCUGGAGUCAUUCAGACUAAGGCCCAGCAGGUGGGCUGUCUGCUCCGGCUGGAGCCCAACGCACAGGCCCAGAUGUUCCGGCUGACUCUCCGCAGCAGUAAGGACACCGUCUCCAAGCGACUCUGCGAGCUGCUAGCGGAGCAGUUCUAGAAGCUCCCCACCCACCCCCACCCCCUGCCACCCCCCCCCCCCACCCCCCGCCUCCCCGAACACGGCGAGCGACGAGAAACAAACGGCGAGAGCUUCGGACGGCGCUCACAUAAGGGAAAGAGGGAGCGGUCGUUCCCUGCGACGGCUCUGUCAAUGUCAUUAUCAUCGUCCGGAUUAUCGUUAUUAUUAUUAUUACCGCUACGAUUAUUGUUUUUAUCGGUGUUUACCUGUAUGUAUGUGUGCGUGCGUGCGUGCGUUUCGUUCGGGCGAAGUGCGUCGAAGAGCGCGGCGACUUCUCUCUCCGCUCUGUUCGGCUCUGUUUGCGCCUCACGCCCCCCGCCCUGUACGUACUGUACUGACAUUCGGCUCGCAGCAGGAGGAGGAGUGGGGGGGUGGCGGGGUGGGGGGGGGAAGGAUACGGCAACAUCGGCGUCCAUCUUUAUAAUCUUUAUACACUAUCACCUCUGACACCUCAAUGCAGAAACUAUUCCUGGGAGAUUUAUGAGACGUAUGACCACUCAAACGUGUCUGUACACAGACACACACACACACACACACACCCCUAGCCACAUGCACAAACGCGUAUCUGCAUAUGCACUUAUCCGUGUGAACUGUCAGUUUUGUAUGUUACUCUCUGGAAGACUACAUUCCCCACAAACCCCUUCUGCUUCACAGCCCCUGUGGCCAAUGCACUUGGAGAUACCCUAUGGAGCUUCAGAGAUUCACCUUACACUUCCUGGUGCACUGCCUUUUAAAGCUCUGAGUCUUUGCUUGAGUAAUUCUGUGAGUCUGGUAUUUUCUUGAUGGUUUCUCAUUCCUGCAGCAAGUUCACUCCUGGAUUAUCUUUACUCCAGGAUUAUCUUUCCUUCGCCCUGGUCUUAAGUGUCUGCACUCAGACCCCGCCCCUCACUCUCGCAUAUUAUUUGUCCAGACGUCCGUAGCGUUGUUUCAGGUUGAAGACUGAUGUAAGCGAUCAUCACGAUCACAUUAACGGCAGCGGCAACGCACAGAGCUACAUAGAAAGAAGAAAAAAAAACGCGUAAUUACAAUUUAUGGUAUAACCUUUUUUUUUUUUUUGUAGUACUUGUCUAUUUGUAACUCUAAUGGUGUGUUUUAUUUACUUUUAAUAUGGUAUAUAGUAGAACAUUCCCUUUACGAAAGCCAAUUUGCAGUGUUAAGCGCACCUUGCGUGCGCUGAAAAACGUUUCGACUGAAAAGCAGGGGAGGUGAGAGUUUCUCUCGCUCGCCCCUGCACACACACACGUCCUCAGCGCUGAGAUACCGUCUGGCACGCCGACAGGAGACGGUCGCUCUCCUGUUCUCGGCUGCUCCCAAAGACCCGAGUGAGCAGCACUCUACUUUUGGUGGAGCCAGUGGAUAUUUAACCUCCACAGACCUGAGUUUUAUGGUUGGUACAGGCUUAAUGUAAUGGGGGCAGUGUGGCUGUUAUGUCACCCUGUUUGUAGAACGCAGAGAGGAGCACCACCAGUCAAGAAGUGCGUUGGUGACAACCUGCUGAACAAUGUGGACAGUGAUUGGCGGAUACUUCGUGGCUACACUUCCUGGAUUCCUGUGGGAAUUGCCAGCAGCAAGAAAGUAUCCACCAAGAAGGUGUUUUUCUAUUGCUUGUUGGCGUGAUGGGUGGAGCCCAUCUCGGUUCUCUACGGGUAAGGUGACAUCGUGGCUGUGCUAACCCCGUCACGUGACCCCUGGGUUGGUCUUGUGCAGCAGAAGGGUGUGCCCAGCUCGGUCUCAUGGGUAUCGAAAGCUGAGCACUGGGCCACUUCCGCCGCCAGUCGUCGCCCACGGCAACAGGGAGCACGUCGACUCGGGUCCCGCCUUUCGGAACCGACGUCGGGCGGGUCGAGUGCGUGCGCCCGCCCGCGUGCGUGUGCGUCCGCAUCAUAUUCAAACACAAUGAAGUAUUGAGAGGCAUCGUCAUGUUAGCCGUUUCAGGAGUUCGCUGUCAUCGCGCAUGUCUGAGUGGCCUGGUUCAACUGGGACGUUCUCAUUUUUAGAUAAGGAGUCGGUGUCGUCGCGUGCGCCUGCAUGUGUGUCUGUGUGUUGUGUGUGUGUGUGCGUGCGUGUGUGUUGUGUGUCAGUAUGUGUUGUGUGUGUGUGUGCGUGUGCGCGUGUGUGUUGUGUGUCAGUAUGUGUGCAUGUUGUGUGUCAGUAUGUGUUGUGUGUGUGUGUGUGUGUGUGUCUAUGCAGUAUCUAGCAACAUGACCCAGCGAAUCGGUUUAAAAUCUGUCAGACACUUGUGUUAGAAUAGAUUCCUCUGUACUGAGAAUGUGAAAGUAAAAGUAUACAUAUAUCCACUUGA